CCCCGUGUCUGUUCAUGUGUCGAAUGGAAAACUCCACAGGGUAAAGCGUAUCUGACGGCCCCGGUUCGCGCAAAAUUCGUUUUCAUGCAUCUCUUGAAUAAACCACGCCGCUCCCAUCGAAAAUCCCGGUACGGCUGUGCACCAUGUAAGCGCUGUCAUGUCAAGUGUGAUGAAAAGCGACCAUCCUGCACCCGGUGCCUGAUCCGAGGACAGGAUUGCACGUAUCUCAUAGUCGCACAGAGGAGAGUCGCUUCUGACGCCCCGUUAAGAGACAGGCCGGUCCUGCCGUCGCCGUGUACCCCUGACAACAACCGCAGAGACAACAGCAAUGCAGGAGGCAACCAUAAGAACACACAUACCCAUCUUGAUACUAUUCACAGCGAAAGUCAAGCCUCCAGUGCCAGAACGCAUUCGAGACUGCAUGAAAUGCAUCUAUUCCAUCAUGCGCUAAUGGUCACAGCCCCCUCCUUAGCGAACGACGACCUGGACCUCCAAUUCUGGCAGAUGGACAUACCCCGGGUUGCCACCACGCAGGCAUUCGUGAUGGACGGCCUGCUAGCUGUUGCGGCGCUGCAUCUGGCAUAUGUCCAUCCGGAGCAGCGAACACACUGGACUGGCGUUUCCUUGACCUAUCAAAUCGCGGCGACGACAGGGUUACGAGAGGAACUAGCUGCUGGUCUGGACGAUGGCCUGGAGGCCAAAUUCGCGGGCUCGGCCCUCAUUCUUCUCCUUAUAACUGCUUACCCGGUGGUCUGCGGCAACAGUGUCGCUGGGCAACAAAGUGUGGAGAAGCAGGGAUACACAUUAGACACGGUGCAGAGCAUUCGCUCGGCUCUGGAAGGUUGCGCCAUCAUGUACACGCAUAUAUAUCAAGAUCAGAACCACUGCAGCUUUGAUUAUUGGUUGCGUCGUGAUCUUCCAAUCAGGCCUGAGAUGGUCCAUCAACAACGAUUGAAUAAAAGGGCCGAGGUAUCACUCCUACAUAGUGAGCUCCAAGCAAGAUUGCAUCACGUUCGAAACGUGAUCGAACGGGGUGACCCUGAACCGUCGUUGCGAGACGAGUAUCAGCGCGCAUGCGAUCUCAACCUUUGGAUCUUGGAUUCAUGGCCCGCACAUCGCCAUGGCGUCGUCUGGCCCCUCUGGGUCAGCAAAGCCUUUUUGGAUCUUUGCGGGCAAGGAGAAUGGACCGCACACAUUCUUCUCAUGUUUUAUGGAUUGACUUUACACUUGGAUUCGCAUGUAUGGUUCAUCUCAGGAGCAGGCAAACAGUUGAUCUCGAGUGUUUUGAGUCGCAUGAGGGCUGAGAGUGAUACUCCCCCGGAGUGGGCUGAGAUGGUUUGUUGGGUGCGGCGGGUGAUUGAUGUGUAGCAUCGAUCAUACAACACGUCGUUCAAACUCCACAAACGUAUGGUGUAGUCGCCAAACUGUGGGUCGGGGAGAUACUACGUUUUAGGUAGCCAAUGUGGUUGACUUGGAUAGAUGGAUGGGUCUUCGGUCUGCUUGAUGUCCCAUGGGCGGAUGCUCUAUAUUUCUGAGAAGUAUAUUGCCAUCUUCGCAAUAUUUUGAUCAAGUAGAGGAGAAGCCAGAGCACAGAGCCGGCGAGUGGCAGAAAGUUGCGUGGUUGCAGAUGAGGGAUGUGACAGGUGUUAUAGAUAACCCCUGUAUUUAUAGCGGAUUGCCAACA